CACAGUAGUACAUUUUCCUCUGAACCAAACCCUCAUCCAAAUUAACCAGCAAGCGGUAUUCACAAUGGGAAAAGCUGCAAUCAUCAUCCUUGCCUCCACCCUUUGCUUCUUAUCCUUCCUAGGCUCUGCUUAUGCCCGAGACCGCUUCAUGGUGGAGGGCACCGUUUACUGUGACACAUGUCGCGUCCAAUUCCUCACCAAGUUGUCCGAGAUCCUUGAAGGUGCUACGGUGCGUGUGACGUGCUCACAAGUUGAUAAUGCGAAGAACGUGACAUUCAGCAAAGAGGCAGUGACAGAUGCUUCGGGGUCAUACAAAGUGGAAGUGGAGGGAGACCACGAGGAAGACACGUGCGAGGUAACCCUUCUGAAGAGUCCAAGGCCAGACUGCUCGGAGAUUGACCGAGAGUCUCACCUGCAACAGGCUGCCAGAAUCAGCAUCACCAAAAACAAUGGAAUAGUGUCCCCUCUUCGCCAAGCCAACCCUCUUGGUUUCCUCAAGAAGGACCGUCUCCCUGGCUGCGCUGACCUCCUCAAGGAGCUUGGAAUCAACGAAGAUGGCACUCUCUCCGUUUGAACAACAAUACAUUAAUGGGAUAUAGCUAUCGUAUAUCCCUCUUUUGUUAAUUAGCUAUCUAAGGAGCUAGGGCUCAAUCUUCUCCUUUUCCUCUUUUUUUAUAUUUUAGGAUCAAGAUGUGAGUAUUAAUAAUGCGUAUGAGCUCGUGCCUUAGGGGGGAAGUUUUUUUCUAGACUUUUAUCAAAUCUCUCAAAGGAUCCUCGGCCUUGUACAACUCUCACAUUUUCUUAUUUGCUGGAGUUAAUCAUUACUAAUAUCCGGCUGUUUCAAUUCAUUCCUUCUAUUUCAGCCCUAUAGAACAAAAUUUACAA